GGCUGCACGUUCCCAGCCACAGAGUGGUUCCUGCCUGGGAGAGACAGGAAAAGAAAGUCCCCAGGCCACGCCGUCAGCUGGUGAAGUCUAUUGAAAACAAAAGCCCUGAUUCUGCUUGAAUGCUGGCACCCCAUUCGUUCCUCCUGAUUUACACCAGCCAAAUCAAAGCCGAAAGGGAGCCAGACCCCAGCUGGUGUAAAUUCGGGGCAACCAUCAAAGACCGUGCAGGGAGGAUUGGCAGCACUGAUCUGAGUUCUCUCCCCCCAUCCCUGCAAGCUCAGCUUCCUCCUUCACGGUCCCAGCUAAACCUGGGCUUUAUUCCGACCGGGCCUGGCACCGGGCCACUACACUUCUCAUGAGCCCCUGUGCCAAGGGGGCUUCUCUUUUUUUCUCAAUGAGAGAUCCUUGAGCGCCUGCCUUGGCCGGAGGAGGGGGCGUGUGGGAGCACAUUGGGGGGAUCGGCUGAGCUCAAGAACGAUCAAGGGCUCUGUGUGAGCUCAGAAGCUCUGGCCCCAGGGCCGGACACGAUGAGCAUGCCGCAGCUCAGCUGGAUGAGGUGCCUGCCAGCUGCCCUAUGGCUGUGCUGUCUGCUGCCCGAGGGGAGCUGCACCUGGAGCCUGGCCGGACUCCAGCACGCCAACCCAAGGAACUGGUGCUCGUACAUGGUCACGAGGACAGUUUCCUGCCAUGUCCAAAAUGGUACCUUCCUGCAGAGAGUGUUCCAGGGCUGCCACUGGCCCGGGGGCUGCAACGGAGGCAGCUACAGAGCCAUCGUGAGACCAGCGUACAAGGUGGCCUACAAGACGGUCACAGCUCUGGAGUGGAAGUGCUGCCCAGGCCACACGGGGGUCAACUGCAAAGAAGAGACCAUCAGCUACGUCGCCCCUCAGGAAGCCGGACGUCCAGCCCUACUGCGGAGGCUCCCUCUCCGACCAGCAACCUACUCAGGGUGUUUGAAUUGCAGCAAAGUGGUGGAACUGACGGCGCGUCUCAGCAGCCUGGAAGCCAAGGUGGCAUUGCUGUCUUCAGCUGAGCCUGCAACCUCCCUAGUACCCAACAGACACCUCGUAACCAACGGGGCUGCCCCCUCGGAUUCCUACCAGCUCUGGGGGUCUCCGUCCACUCACGGGAACCCUGGGGAUGAAGGUGUGAAAGGGAACCCAGGAGAGAUGCUGCGGGGAGCCGUUCCCGGACGGGAUGGGAAACCAGGGCCGCAAGGACUCCCAGGCCCGUUGGGUCCCAAGGGAGAUCCUGGGAGCCAGGGGCCAACAGGAAACCCUGGAGCCAAGGGUCCCGCUGGACCGCCAGGCCCCCCGGGUCCGCCAGGGCAGGAUGGUGCAAGGGGCAUCCCCGGAGAGAAGGGGUUUCCGGGUCUUCCAGGGCCUCCGGGACCCCCAGGCCCCCCUGCCCCAGUGGGGCCUACAGUAUCCCGCAUUGCUGACCCAAGGGACCCGCUUCUGUCAAACACCUUCACUGAAUCUGACAGCGUUGGCACUAUGGGGCCUGCGGGACCCCCAGGGCCUUCAGGGCCAAUAGGUCCUCUGGGCCCCCCAGGGCCAGUUGGGCUACCAGGCCCUCCGGGGCGCGAUGGGUUACCCGGAGAGCCAGGUGCUGACGGAGCCGCCGGUCCCCCAGGGGAGAAAGGAGACAGAGGGCAGCUGGGUCCAAAAGGCGAGCAGGGGGAGAAGGGCACCUGGAGCCAGAGCCAGGUUCAGGCGCCGAACCCUUCCCCACUAGCGCCCCCAGCUUCCACCGGGGCAAGCGCGACAGGCUGGCAGCCUACAGAAUCGUCCCACGCCAGCUGGCCCAGAAGGCCGAGGAUGACAGCAAGUGAAGAGGGGGCAGCCCACCCCUCGGGGUGUGAGCGGGAGUCAUCUCCCCAAGCAUUAAGGCGCCCUUGGGCACUCUCCCUUCCCUCCUCCACAUCACUCUGGACUGUCGCACGAAGAAACGCUCGAGGAUCCGUCCCAGGACGUGGGGCUCACCGGCAUGACGUAUUUAUUUGUGCUCUUUCGAAAGAGGCCUGUAACCAGUGUUAUGUGUGUACUAACUGACCCCCUGCUGGCUGCCUCCUCCUGUCUCCAGCACCCCCUACCCCAUGCUCCCCUCAUUGUACUGCAGGGGGCGCUCUUUAUCUCUAGGUGCUAUUGUGUGGGAUGUCUCCAUGGUGCCCUUGGCCUGUAGCUCCCCAGCCUGGCAGGGAUGGGAGAGAGGGCGUCGCUCGCCCUUCUGCUCCCAAACUGCAGAGGGUUUAUCCUGGGCAGUCCCCAGGAAUUCAGUCUUGGCUCCCCCACCGAGGGGGUGCAGGGGAUGGUGCCUUGGCCCUUCCCAGUCCCCAGGGAUUGGCUCAGCUCCCGUGGAGCCAAGUUCCUGCCGUUUCACCAGUGAACCCAUCCCCAGAGCAGGGGCUGCUGGGACAAGUGUAGCGCUGCCCAGCGCCAGGCUCUCCACCAGGCCGUUACCCCGGUACGGGUUUGGGCCCCGGCAGCCCCUGAACAGCGCUGGCAUUGCAAGGCAGCUCUGCCCAUACCUCUGAACACGAGCACCAAGGUGGGGUGACCCGGCUGGCCACUGAAAACCAAGCUAAGCAGGCUGAGCCAGGAUGGAGCGUACACCUGCUCAAACGCUGCCGCGCUGGGCUUUGGCUGCCAUGGGCCCCUCUGGCUCAGCAGCCAGCCUGCCCUUGGCCUGUGUUCAGCAAAGGCACCUGAGGGGGGUAAUUACCCAUGUGGCCAUCCCCCAUCUCAGAGUACCCAGGCCUGUCUCGGGCCCAGGGAACAGCUGUGGGGCUUCCAUCAUCCAGCCCAUUCUUCCCCCAAAGCAUGUGGGGAGCAGUCAGGCCCCCACGCCAGCUGCUGUGAGUGUGCACAGAGAUGGGGCUGAGAUGCUGGAACCCACUAAGGCGGGGGCACCCUACCCCCCAGGCGGUGCUCGCUGGUUCAGGCAGCUCAGCUGCACCCAACACAUGCCCGCUUCUUACCCCACAAAGGCUUUACCUGGAGCAACAGUUCUUCCGGAGCAGGGGCAGCUACCACCCCUGGGUGGGGCUUCAGCUGGGCCUCAGGCAGGUCCCCUUCCAGCAUCCUCAGCCCCACCCUGGGCACCUUCCCCCAGCGUGGAGGGAUCUUUCCCCUGGAGGCCAAAGUGUCACCAAGGGGCAGUCGCCAUGGUUGGAUGUAGGCAGGGGACCAGGCCUCCAUUCCCUGCUCCACCUCCUUGAUGAGUCAGGGAACUCAGCAUCCCCACAGCUAAGGAUGGCUAGGGAGGGGAGAGACAUAACCAAAACCUAUCUAGCAGCCACACACCCUUGCCCCACCUCCCACCAUCCUCCCUGAUGUCCUGGCUGCUGUGUACGCACUUCCCUGUGCGCCCUGAGCACCCACUAACAACUGGGAGAGUUGCUGUCAAAUGGGGAGACGGGCCAGAAGCAGGGAAGUCUGGGGUCAUUUGUGGAGAGGCCCAUCUGAAGCCAGCACCCGGUGCAACCCUGCUGCUAACUGCGCAAGCGGCUGGGGAGGGAACCUGCCUUUGUAUUGUGUAUGCUUGUGAUCCUGGCCAGCCGCAGGACAAAUGGUCUAAAGGUCAUUAAAACGUGUCACUAAGCUCCA